CCCAUAGGGAGGCCUCGGCGGCGCAUGCGCGGUCGGGCGGCUCAGUGCGACGCAGACUGCCAUAUUGCGAGGAAUUACGGGCUCUCGAACACACGGCGAAAUGGGACGGAAAAAGAAGAAGCAGACCAAGCCCUGGUGUUGGUAUUGCAAUCGUGAGUUUGAUGACGAAAAGAUUUUGAUACAACACCAAAAGGCGAAGCACUUCAAAUGUCAUAUAUGUCAUAAAAAGCUUUAUACUGGCCCUGGCCUAUCCAUUCAUUGUAUGCAGGUCCAUAAGGAAACGAUAGACAAAGUUCCCAAUGCACUUCCUAAUAGAAAUAAUAUAGAGAUUGAAAUAUAUGGAAUGGAGGGGAUCCCAGAAGAAGAUGUGAAGGAGCAUGAGAGACAGAGGGCAGGUAGAACGGGCAGCGGGGGCAAACGGCAAGAUGAGGAUGAUGAUGAUGACUCCCAGUCGAGUCUACCAGGCCAGUCGAACCCACCGCCUCCUAAUAUGCCCCCUCAGGGACCACCGGGACCCAUGGCACCCAUGGGCCCUAUGAUGGGGCCAGGGGGUCCUAUGAUGCCAAUGAUGGGCCACAUGGGGCCAAUGAGUCACAUGCCCCCAUACAUGAGUGGCCCUGGCAUGAUGGGACCAAUGGGCCCAAUGGGUCCCAUGCCUCCCCCAGGGGCACCGCCUGCCAACAGUGCACCAAACACCUCACAACCACCAAGCAAACCUCUGUUUCCAUCAGCAGCACAGCAUACAACUACAGCCAACAGUCAAAUUGGUCCAGUCAAACCAGCAUUUCCAGCCUACAGUCAAGCAAAUGGACAGUCAGCACCCAAUAGCCAAGUUUCAAGUGGCAACACUGGAAUCCAAGAGAAGGAGUCCAAGAAGCCUGCACUGAUCACCACUGUGUCGGCCAAUUCCCGCAUCAUCCACCCAGAAGAGGACAUAUCUCUGGAAGAGAAGCGGGCAGGUAUGCCUCGGUACCAGCAGGCUCCCCGAGCCUCCCCUCAGAGGGCCCGGGCUCCGGCCCCGGCUCCACCCCCCCAGCGCGUGGAGUCUCCACCCGUGAGUACUGCACCUUCACGCCUCUCUCAACUUGUGCCUGCCUGCCUGGACCAUUUCUACCCACCGGCGAUGUGUUUAGACACACAGGAGGAGCGACGAAUGAAGAUGGCGAGGUACAGUCAAGCCAAUGCUGCUGCUGCAGCAAUGGCAAUGGGUGGGAUGAUUAACCACCACACUGGGGUGAGGCCCACCCACCCAGGCGUGGUGGUGGAGGCCCCCCCAAUAGUCUCAAGUAUAGGUCCCACAAUGGUGACCACCAUGUCUCCAAUGGUGCCAGCAGGACACAUGGCAAUACCUGUGUCAUUGCCCACCAUCAUGCGGCCAAACAUGCAACCAAUAAUGACCGCCCAGCCUAUGGUGACAGCUGCUGUGCCUGCUCUCCCAGCAAUGCCUACAGCUAUGCCCCCCCUCCCAAUAGGAGGUAUGAGACCACCAAUAGGUCUACCACAAGCACUUCCUGGUCAUGGACAAAUGGCGCCAGGGUUUGCAGCACCUCCCAUGAUGGGCGCCCCAAUGAUGGGAGCGCCACACAUGAUCCCACGCUUCAGGUGACCUGUUCCCGGUAUGUAGCCAGCAGGUAGGAAGCAGCAGGACAAGCAGCAGCAGGUCGGCGCUGGUGAGGCAACACACGCAUGCCCUCGUCAUGACUGAUAAGUCAGCCUCCUCACCGACCCUCCCUCGCUCGCUCGCUAAGCACACUAGCGCAGUCACUCAGUCAGUCAGUCACUAAGUUGGCCUGUGGGGCAAACCAACACUCGCCUGGGACUACCCCGAGAUGCGGAACUCCUGUCAACAUUACCUACUACACUAUGCAAGAUAUCUCAGACACCACUCAUGUCAGAGGCAGACACGUCCAGUUUUUAGGUAAAGUUGAGGUAGGAAAACUCAAUUGAGCCAAGAUUGUAGAACAAGAAUUACUUUGCGCAUCAUGAGUGAUGUUUAAAAUUAUCUGACCUCUAGAACCUCCCAGUAGAAUACAAAACCAAAUAUGUAAUAUGAAAGGGUGGAAAGGUCCCAAACACUUGUUGGUUUACCUUCACAGAAUCCUGGUUAGUCCUGUGUGGACAAGCUAACACUGCAUCACUCAGCAGCAAGCAUCUGUUAUCAUCUGUUAAUGAUUUCUUUGUCGCUCAUUAUUCUGAUCAGUGUUGAAAUGUUGAUCCACGAGACUAUCGUUUGUGUGCCGCCCACGUGGAACUUAUGUUUGAGCAAGUGGUGCCUGUAUACUUGCUCUUGUAUAAUCGCUUCUUGGGAUCUACACUUGAUUGUAUGUAUCAAUGCUCUGGUCAAGCUCAAGUGUGCAAGAGCAGAUUCGCUUGACUGUCUCUUGCCGGCUCUUUAUCCCAGUUGGCUUAAUCAGACUGUCAGCCAAGAGGGUCAAAUCCAUUUGGUUGUGUGAUGUAAAGUCUCUUAAGCAAACAAGGCAGUGGGUUCAGGGAGACACAUACAGCGAUUUCUCAAUUGUGGACUUGAGCUGGGACGGAGGGCAGAGAGAGGCUUGACUGUCCUAUUCUUGGAGCGUUCAAGCACUUGUAUUUAUAGUGUUUUAGGUUCCAUCAUUCUUUUGAGUGAUUAUUGUGUAUUUGUGAAAUUUUUCUCUUAAGGUAAGAAACUGUUAGCCAAUAAGGUAAGAAAUUGUUUAGUUUAGAAGUGGUAGUUCUUCACAAAAGCACUGUUGGAAUUUUAUCAACCUAUACAGAUGUUUACUGCAGGUUAGUCCAUUUAUAUAAUUUUCUGCAAGUUGUACAAAUAAACUUGUCAAUUAUUGAAAGCGAGAUCCCAUUGACAUCCGUAAGUACUUUUUUUGUAUUUAUUAUUGUCAUUAUUGCAGAUAGGAUUUGAGUGAUUUAAAUAUCAGCUUUGUUAAAAUGAAAACUGAUUACCUGUUCAUGUAUGUUGUGAAAUAAAUACUAAUUAAGUUGUCAA